AUGAGUAUAGAGUUUGAAGUCAGAGAUUGGGUUUAUCUGAAAUUAUCUCCUAUGAGAGAAAUAAGCCGAUUUGGUGUUAAGGGCAAGUUAAGUCCAACAUAUGUGGGACCUUAUGAAAUAUUGGAGAAGGUGGGAGUAGUUGCGUACUGCCUGGAGUUACUAACUGAGUUCCAUGGAAUCCAUAAUGUUUUCCACAUGUCUUCACCGAAAAAGAGUUUUGGAAAUCAGAUACUAGCAAUCAUAGAUGCCAAGAUUAUAUCUUUGCAAUCCAACGUAACUCACAAGGAAAGACCAAUGCAAAUCAUUGAUCAGAAAGAGAAGGAAUUGCGGUAA